UCAGCAAAUAGUGACACACUUACAGCCUUAUGCCUCUGCAAUUCAAAACAAGUAGCUAAUAACACAAGAUUUAUUUUAACGUUACAACUGUGCGAAUCCUUUAUUUCCUCAUACGUCAGGUUUUGAGUUGUACUCUUUGUUGUUGUCAAGCGAGUUUUCUCUCUUCAACCUCUGCGUGUCUCUGCCGUUCACACAUACACACACACCUAUAUCCAUGACACACAUACAGAAGACUACAAGCAGGAAGUGGUGAAAAAAAACAGGCAGCAGCAGAUGAAAAUAAGGAAGUAAACGUUGUCGGGUUGGAGCUGGAUCCCCCUCUUCUACUGUAAAGUGAAAGUGGAUCAGUCGACAGCUCAGUAAUUUAUUUUAAAGCACAACGGCUGUGCUAAGGAAGUUAGCAGUCAAGCUAACACCUCUACUGACUCCAUAGUGUCUUAAAAACAAGCCCUAGACAGAAAAACAAAAACAAAACAGAGGGGCGAGAGGAAGACAAAGACGAACUUCUCCUCUGAUCCCCAGAAUUACUUUCAGCAGCCACCAUGGACCACAAAGGGGAAACCCAGGAAGGAGGCAUGGGGCUGAAACGGGAGGAGCUGCCGCAGAUGGAUGGAUCGUGUGAUGCAUGUGAGCCCGAUGAAGCCCAACCAGCCACGCAAGUGUGCCACACCUGCAGCUUCGCCUUCUGCCCCCUCCAUGCUGACAAACACGCCAGCAGCACACAUCACCCACUAACCCCUUACAACCACGAGGGGACACAAGCAAAUGAUCUUGGCUCAAACGGAGACCCCAGAGUUGCAGGUGGAGCCGAGGAUGAGGAUGGGGCGGAGAGGGGAGCUGAGAUGGGUGUGAAUCAGGCGAUAGCAGCACUGAGAGGAGUGGCGAUGGCUGGCGCGGAUGAGAGUGGUGAUGCUGAGGAAGGAGAGGGAGCCAAGAAUGGUAUGCCGCUGGACGCUGAGUUGGGUGAGGGAGCAGAGGGUGCAGAGGCAGGGCAGGAGGCCAUGGCUGCUGGAGAGGCCGGGAAAAGGGACACUGUGACUGUGGAGAGACUGCGUUGCAAGGAGCAUGGGCAGGAAGGCUCCCUCUACUGUAAACCAGACGAGAAGAUUAUCUGCGUAGUGUGUGCUGUACAGGGUGAGCACCGUGAGCACGAGAUUAUCACCCUACACGAGGCCUACGUCUGGCAGAAGAACAGGCAGGGUUAUGACCUGCUGGGCUGUACACAACAGAUGGCUGAGAAGAUCAAGACCAAGUGGACCAACCCUGAGAUGUCUACAGAGGAGUUGGAGGCCUACGUGAAUGACCAGUUCGAUGAGCUCCGCAGAUUGGUGCGUCUGGAGGAGAGGAGGACCCUUCACCUGGUGGAUCUCAAAGAAGCAUUUCUGACAGCGUCAGCUGCUGAGAAAAUUGCAGAGAUCACUGUCCAAACUGAGCGCCUGCAAGAAGAGAUGGCCAACAUUACACACCAGCUUUGUCUGUUGGAGCAGGUUGAGGCACAGGCGGUUGGUCCUGCAGUGGCAGCAGAGGUCCUCGUAGCUGGACCAGCCCACAGAGUGCCGCACGACAUUGAGGCCAGGCCAAGGCUGCCAGAGCCAAGGGCAGACCCCAUGGACCCACGGGACUUUGGAGACAAUGAUUCUGGACCAUCCAUGGACCACGCCCCCUGAUAACAGACUCUUACCGCAUCCACCUGUCCUUCAGUUUCUGCUUCAGUCAGCUGUCAGCCCUGUUGAGCUGUCAGGCUGGCCCUCUCUGUCAGCUGUCUUCCUCUCACCCGUCUCCCCUCCCCUCCCCUCCCCUCCCCUCCCCUCCACUCCCCUCCACUCCCUUCCCCUUCCCCGUGCCUGCUGGCAGUGAGCUGACCUUGAAGAGGACUGCUGUGACAAAUAUGGAUGGCCACGUCUUUUCUGCUCUCAAACUUUUUAAUCCCUCACUAGCUACUAACUUUCUUUAAUUGAAGCACGCAAGAUAUGUGCAAUCAAUUACCAUCAGGCUCAAUUUCCACAGCCAGUCAGAUCCUUGGCUUACUGGUGAGCCUGGCUGACUCAGAGAGGAGCCUGGGUAGGCAGCUGAGCAGAGCAUCUGUUAAGCCCAACAGAUGUCAGAAAUGGGAAAUUCUGUGACACGGUGUGCUUCACUCUUCAUUUAUUCGCAAUAUCAUUUUGGUUCUGUCGUUUUGACAAAUACUUUGGACACUCUCAGACACAGAAAGGGAACAUUUGUCAUAUGCCCCAAUGCCUUACGUCAUUGAGAGAAUAUAUCACAAAGGUGUUUCUGGGUAUUAUAUUUUGAUUGUAAAAAAAAAGGAGACCUGUCUAUAGCUUAUUUUCUAUAAUGUUGUCUAUUGUGCUUUCCCUCAUCCCACUGUCUUCAACCCUCCUUUCCCUACAAUCCUAACUUUCUGCCCUACCAGCUGAUUCUUUAUUGUAGAUUUGUGCAUGCUUCCUCAUAUGCAAGUACUCGUCAAAUCUAUUAUCAGAAGAAGGGAGCAUUUUGACACCCAUUGAUUGGUGAAUGUUGCUGAGUCUUUGUUAGGUGAAAAUCGAACUGUAAUUUGACUGUGCAAAAUAGCCCUCUCGCAGUAUCUGCUCUCUAUGUACUGUAAUGUAAAGGCUCAUUACUCCCGGGCCAAUCUGCGGCGUAUGACGGAUUACAGUUCAGACAAGCGUAUGCACUUUCUACCUUGACCCGCUCAGCCAUAGCUUUCAUUCAUGAUGUACCGCUGCAAGUCUGUUUGUACCAGCAGUUUGUUUUUAAUGUGAUUGAUUCUGUUGCCUUAAAUUCAAAAUUGAAGCAGUGUCACCCAUAAUAUGUGGGGCCUGUAUGACAACAACCUGACUUUGCUACUCUAGCACUGCACUAAGAUGCACUGAGAUUUGUGUACCCACCCAGGGGAAAUGUUGAUGUGUCAACAGACUAUUGAAAAAAAAACAGCUCAUUCUUUAUUCUUGUGUAACAACAGACAGGAAGUCAGGCUGUCUGAUGUUUCCUCUGUUUUUAUUUGUCUAUUUUUGUCUUAAAUCUAUAAAUAAACAGCCUGUUUCUUAGAGUGGAUGUUGCAGAUGACAUUCACGUUUUCACUUUAAGAAAAAUUCCUGCAUUA